UGAGUUAUCCUGCUGACAGACAAACAAACAAACAAACAAACUCGACCGAAAACAUAACCUCCUUGGCGGAGGUAAUGAUUUAUUCUGCUAUAUCUCCACAAUGAAUAGGGCCAGAGACAUUACGAGUGUCAUGAUGACAUCACAAGGGUUCAGAGCGUGCAGGUUUUGCUCAGCCCUUGAAAUUAAACUAAAUUAUAAACAAAUAAAUGUAUGUAAAUGAAUUCUGUGUUCACGAGAUGUUGGGAUGCAAUACGUGUUUAUUACAAGUUUUUUUUUAUCCUGUCUACCAGUAAGCUAAAAAAGACCCCCCACACACACACACACACACACACACACAAAGCAGGGAAAAGCAGCCUGUGGGUCUUGUUCCCUCCAGAUGGUGAAUGCUGUUGGUCUCUUUUUUUUUUUUUUUGCAACACUGCAGCCUUAAUAACCGACACAAAAGCUCCAUUCAUCAGCUUUAGUGUUGGUCUGAUCACAGGGUCUCUGGGAACCUCGGCUCACAUCCUUACUCACAGUGACUGCCAGCCACGAGGCAGAGAAACAUCUGCUGCGUGUGCCCAAAACCUGCCAGUGCACGAAGCACGGCCUGAGGAAGUCUCCAUUCAGCCGUGCAACAAAGACCCCAGAGCAAACAAAACCACAAAGGUCCCACAGUCCAGAUGUAGGACAGAGCUUACAGGAGACUAUGAUUACAGAAAAAAAAAAACAAAUGUGCAAAAGUACAUGAUAAACAGAACACUGGAGGUAACUGAUGCCAAAUUGUCAUUCCUGACAGAAAUCAUCUAAUUGAUCUGAGCAUCAGGCAGCAGGUCUGAUUUCUAAAGGGUCAACAUUUUCCCACAGCAUCAAACCCCUCCCAGUCUUCCACCUGUUCCCCCGAAAUCUGAUCAUUGUCCCCAAGGCAAUCACAGCAUUCAGCAUCCCUCCAUCAGUGGUCCACCUGCUCCCCUGAGAGAUGUCCAUCAUUAUCCGGCCAAUCACAGCAUUCAGCAUCGCUCAUUGUCUCCCGGAGCUCUCUGAUUGGCUGACAGUGUGAGAACCUGCGUCCAGACCCAGACCCACACAUUCAUAUGUAGAUCAGUGAGUAUAAAUAGGAGGGAUGAAGCAGCAGAGGAUCAGAUUGUCUGUGCAGAAGCUCUGCAGCUCACAGAUCCAGACAUGACACCAACAAUCACUGCAGCAACGAGCAAUUCUCAGGAGCAUCUGACUCUGAGCCACAAGCUGAGAAAGCCUGUGGUGGAGAAGAUGCGCAGAGAGCGAAUCAACAGCAGCAUCGAGCAGCUCAAGUCUCUCCUGGGUCCAGAGUUCCUCAGACAGCAGCCAGACUCCAAGCUGGAGAAAGCAGACAUCCUGGAGAUGACAGUUUGCUUCCUGAGACGACUGCAGCAGCAGAAUCAAGCUGUGGACUCAGCAGCUGUCCAUCAGGGCUACUCCAGGUGUGUCCAAGAGGUGGUGCAAUUCCUGUCCGAGGCCGAGGUGCAGACACAGUCCCAGAGAAGACUGCUGAAGAACUUCCACAAGCUGCAGUCUUCCUCUGAGAAGAAGCUGACAGAGGCUGACUUCUCUCUUCUGAGCUCCACAGUCCACAGCAGCAGCAAACAGGAGAGCGCCCUCUGGAGGCCGUGGCACACACCUACAGCUUGAAGCUGGCAGCAGACAGUGACAUGACGUCAUUGAUUCUUUGACUUUGAACCACGUGUUCUUGUGUGUGCACAGAAACUUCUUUAAUUGCAUUUAUCCGAACACAACAUUUUAUUGUUGAGGAAAAUGUUUCCAAAGGAAACGAUGAAACAUUGAAAGUGUCUUUGACAUGAAGAAAGGGAACAUCUGACGUUCAUGUUGCAUCAAUGAAACAUAAACGACUUUAUUUUUUACUAAUAUGUAAAAGUCUUUGACAACAGCUUUAUUGUUUUGUAGCUGAUAUGAUGAAAUGAUGAUGUGAUUGUUUCUGAUCAUGUUGAUCAAUAAUUUGAAUUGUCCUGUGUGGACAUUAAGGACUUUGAUCUCAUUGUUUUAAAUCUCUUUGAUUUGUUGACAUUGAUCUGUUGUAGGAUUGUGUAUUUUUAUCCUUUUAUCUAAAGACUUUGAUAUAUUUACUGAUCAUAUCAAUGUUGUUGUUUUUUCCUUGAAUGAAAAUGUUUCAACUGCUGUCUUCACUUUGUGAUGAUCUUAAACUGAUCUGUUCAAAGGUCUCUUUGAUCUCUGUUGACUUUGUCAUAAAGAAAUCAUUAAGUUCAUUUGAAUUGUUGAAUUUCUUUGAUUUGUUAACAUUCAUCUGUUGUAGGAUUGUGUAUUUUUAUCCUUUUAUCUAAAGCCUUUGAUCCUGAUUAUAUCAUUUGGAUUGUUGAAUGUCUUUCUGUCUUUUGUAAAGACGUUUGUCCCUCGACUCAUUUUGAGUCCAGCGUGUGUUGGACAAAUGUCCACGCUGUUGUUGUGAUGUAUCAUCACGUCUGUCUCCAGAUGGAGAUUUUUUUAAUCCCUUUGUUUUAAUAAACAAGUCAAAAU